CGCCUGUAUCUAACUUGUCCACAACUGAUUCCUGAUCCUCGUGGAAUGACUCCCUGGCAAGUCCUCUACAGAAGUCACAGUGAUCAUGCUUUCAUCACUACAAUGGGAUUCAAUGUUGCUUCCUUCAAUAAAUUGCUGGAAAGUGGUUUUGAGGAGCAAUGGAUUUCCCAAGUUAUUCCCUGGCGUGAUGUUGCAUGCUCCUCCACUCCUUGA